AGUUCACAUUCAGUAGUUCGACAAGCGUAAACGGCGCAGCAUGAAUUCAUGAAAUAAUAAAAUUCGUGACAAGAGGUCAGCGCGAUAAGAGGACUCCUUCGCUGAUAAGCGCCAGCGAGCGACCGAGCGGAUGGCGGUUUUAGUCUGCGCACGGAAAAUGUCGCAGCCACUACUCAAUCAACCUUAACAAAGUAAUUAAAUUCAACCACAACGUGACUUAAGCUAAAAUAAAUCGAUUGUUUACAUUAAACAAUAAAUAAAAUAAAAUCGGAUGAUAUUUAACACGUGCAAACAUUUUAUUAGUGUUAAUGAGUUAAUAAACGCAGUAAUCGGUUUUAGGUAGUUCAAAUUUAUAUCGCAAAAAAAUGAAACGCACUAGAAUAAUAGGGCGGUACUGCCGGGGGUUCGUCUUCACAUUGGGGACGGUGUUCACAUUCAUUGGGUUAUUAUUUCUACUUCAGUUUAAUGGCAUGUAUGACUUGAUUGUAAUGAAUGCGCUGAAAGUGGAAGAUGGAUCAAAAGCUUAUGAAGCGUGGCGCACUAAUGAUCCACCGCUUAUUUUGGAUAUGUAUAUGUUUAACUGGACGAAUGCACAUGAGGUGUAUAAUGAAAGUGUUAAACCACACUUUGAACAAGUCGGGCCGUAUAGAUUCCUCGAGGUGAAGGAGAAGUACGAUAUUGUUUUUCAUGAAAAUGAUACAGUUUCGUAUAAAUAUUUGAAGAGAUAUUAUUUUAUGGAUGAAGAGAGUCCUUGUCAACUUACUGAUGUGAUAAAUACGUUAAAUACUGUAGCAACUUCGGCAGCUUACAAAACACGUUUUGAUGAAGGGUUUAAAAAAUGGUCCAUGGAUUUCACAAUGUCGAUGUCCUCCUCGGUGUAUGUAACGAAAACAAUAGACGAGUUACUUUUUAAAGGAUAUUACGAUCCUUUACUGGGUGUUCUCAAGCAGGUAUCGCCGUUUUUACCUGAUGAUGCACAAAUUGAAGAUCAUAAUUUCGGUUGGUUUUACAAGCGAAAUAAUACUAGAAACUUGAGUGGAGAGUUUAGUAUGUCUACUAAACAGGAUCAUACUUUUGGCAGGAUGGUUUCGUGGAAUCAUCGCAACGAAACUGAUUUCUUUGAAGGCGAAUGCAAUAAAAUACGUGGAUCAGCUGGAGAGUUUUAUCCUUUGGAUAGGACAAGAGAUUCUAUUACUUUGUACUCUAAUGAAUUGUGUACAUUCGCUGAAUUUGAUUAUGAAAAAGAUGAGUUUAUUAAGGAUGUGAGGGGGUAUAAAUAUUCAGCACAAACUUUAUUUGAAAAUGGUACAAUUUAUCCAAAAAAUCAAUGUUACUGCCAAGGUGAGUGUUUACCCAGUGGAGUCUUGAACAUCUCUUCCUGUCGUCAAGGAGCCCCAAUAUUUCUCUCUUUGCCACAUUUUUACAACGCAGAUCCUUACUAUACAAAUUUAAUUGAUGGACUUACACCAAACAAAAAAGAUCACGACUUUUACAUCACUCUAGAACCCAAAUCUGCAAUCGCAAUUGAAGUAGGAGUUCGUAUGCAACUCAAUCUUUUACUACAACCAAUCAAAGGAUACUCAUUAUUUUCUAACGUUCCUAAAAUAAUGGUACCUAUAUUCUUCUUCGAUCAAGUAGUGACAAUGAGUGAUGAAUUAGCGACCAGCGUCUAUUUAAUACAAAAUCUACCUGAAAUUGUCGAACAUGUAUCAUAUGUUUUCGUCGUGCUGGGUGUAUCGAUGAUGAUUCUUGUCCUAAUAACAAAUUGUAUAUGGCCAUCGUCGAAGAACCGUGAGCGUAAUGAAUAUAAAGUUGCUGCUGCACAAGCAGUUGAAGUACCACUUACCACAAAAGAAGUGCACAUUCAUGCGUAGUAAUAAUGUUUAUUAGGAGGGGGUGAGGAAAUUUAGCAAUGGAAAUGCCAAAAAAUAAAUUAAUUAAGGUCUUUAUGCAUGAACAAAAAUCCAUCCAUGAUCUAAGAACAAUUAUAUUACUUAACAUGACAAUACAUAUUUUUAAAUUAAAACCAAUGUAAAUAUUUUGUAUAUAGUUUUAUUACACAGAGAUUAAAAUCUAUACAAAUAAAACUAAAUAUUUGUA